AUGGUGAACGUUCUAGCAGCAACAGUACAAUGGAAUUAUCCCCAAGAACGAGAACAUACUUGUAGAGGUUGUGAAAAAAGUAAGGGCUUUUGUGGGUAUAAAACUCUUCAGUUAGGGGACUUCUUAUGCUUUUGCCAGGAUGGACCUCAUUCAAAGCACCGCCCGAAAGGCAAAAGAGGAUUUGUUAUAGGUGUUGCCAGUGGAGCGGCAGGCUUGCUGAUAGCUGCAGCAGUGGUUGUAGUUUAUUAUCGGAUCUCAAGGCCUUCUUCCGAGGUGGAGCAAUUCCUUCAUGAUUAUGUUGAUGAAAUGCCCAGCAGAUAUUCAUAUUCUCAACUGAAGAAGAUCACCAACAAUUUUUCAAAUAAAUUGGGUGAAGGCGCUUUUGGUGUGGUUUACAAAGGAAAGCUCUGUAGCGGUACUAUGGUGGCUGUAAAAAUUCUGGAUCAGUCGAGACACAGUGAGAGCCAGUUCAUGAACGAAGUUGCAACUGUCGGAAGGAUCCAUCACGUUAAUUUGGUUCGACUGAUGGGCUAUUGCUUCGAAGAAGCUAGAAGAGCACUUGUCUAUGAGUACGUCGAGAAUGGGUCUCUGGAGAAGUUUAUAUUUGCAGAAAAACGAAAAGAACAGAUGCUCAAUUGGGACCAGUUGUAUUCAAUUGCGUAUUUACACCAAGACUGCAACAGAUGCAUCAUCCAUUUCGACAUUAAGCCUCACAAUAUACUCUUGGAUGCGGAUUUCAUAGCCAAAGUAGCUGAUUUUGGUCUGGCUAAGCUUUGUGGAAAGGGGGACAAUCACAUAUCACUUACGACAACGAGAGGAACCCCAGGGUACGUUGCGCCCGAGCUUUGUUACAGAAAUUUGGGUCCUGUAACGGACAAAUCAGAUGUUUACAGUUUUGGAAUGGUGUUAUUGGAUUUAGUUGGAGGAAGGAAGAAUAUUAAUUUGCAGGCAAGCAGGUCCAGUCAAAUUUAUUUUCCAGAGUGGGCAUUCAAGUUGAUAAAAAAUGUGGAGUUAGAGAAGAGGGUAAGAGAAGUUUCAAGAGAGAGAGGAUGCAUAGACCAUGAGAAAGCAAUACGGCUAACAAAAGUGGGAUUGUGGUGCAUCCAACACAAUUCUGCAAACCGGCCAGCGAUGAGAAGCGUGGUUCAAAUGUUGGAAGGCAAUGGUGAUGAUGUGAGUAAUCCUCCCUUUCCUUUCGACUCUUCUCCUUCCCCGCUAUCUCCAUUCCUGUCGCCUGAAUCUCUGGUCGUAGACUUUAACAGCGUGAUUAAAAGAAUCAAUGGUGUGGCCAUUGGAACGGUCAGCUUGCUGUCAAUUGCGGCACUGGCUGGAAUUUUCUAUAGGAAGUCCAGGACUACUUCCGACGUGGAGCGAUUCCUUCAUGAUUAUGUUGAUGAAAUGCCCAGAAGAUAUUCAUACUCUCAACUGAAGAAGAUCACCAACAAUUUUACAGAAAAACUUGGAGAAGGGGCUUUCGGCGUGGUUUACAAAGGAAAGGAGAAGACCCAAAUGCUCAAUUGGGAUCAAUUGUACUCAAUUGCUUUGGGAGAAGCUCGUGGGAUCGCGUAUUUACACCAAGAUUGCAAUAGAUGCAUCAUCCAUUUUGAUAUUAAGCCUCACAAUAUAUUACUGGACAAUGAGUUCACGCCCAAAGUAGCUGAUUUUGGUCUGGCUAAAUUGUGUGUGAAGGGGCACAAUCACAUAUCAAUUACGGCAACCAGAGGGACGUUGGGAUAUGUUGCACCAGAGACGUGGUCAAGAAAUAUGGGACCUGUGACGGACAAAUCAGAUGUUUACAGUUUUGGAAUAGUGUUGCUGGAGAUUGUUGGAGGCAGAAACAAUCUUGAUGUACAGUUAGGCCGCUACAGUCAAUUUGAAUUUCUGCAGUGGGCAUUCAAAUUGAUAGAGUGUGGAGAAUUGGAAAAGAGGUUAAAGGGAGUAAAAACAGAGAGAGGAUAUGAAGAAGAGGAGAAGGCAGUGAGGCUGACAAAAGUGGGACUGGGGUGCAUUCAACAUAAUUCUAUGAAUCGGCCAUCGAUGAACAGGGUGGUACAAAUGUUGGAAGGAAAUGGUGAUGAUGUAAGUAAUCCUCCAUUCCCCUGCGACUUCUUCACUUCACCAGAACCGCCAUUGGUUUCACAGGAAGAAUCUCUAGUCGUUGGAGGAGUUAGUGAAGUGGUGUAA